AUGCUUUCUCUGCUGGAGCUCGUCACCCAGAAUCAACCCCACUUCCAGACUCAUCAAGCCCUGCUGGUCCUCGGGCUCCAAAAUGACUUCAUCCUGCCCGACGGAAAGCUACCUGUCAAUACCCGAUCUGGUUUCCUGGACCGCAUUCACGCCCUCAUUCCUACCUUUCGGAAGCAGUCUUCCAACAUCAUCUGGACCAAGACUCUCUAUGAGACUGAUCGUCUUGCAAGCGACCCCACUACAGGCGAGGGAGACGCAGUAGUGGUUGGCGGCUUAGUCGACGGAGUCGAAAGCAGCACGGACGAGGACGACGAUCUUCCGAAGGAUCUUAUCCGGCCAACCCAGUCACGAUCGUCAACGUCAAAACACAGACUGCGUGCGCUGAAUUUGCUGAAGCGGGUAUCCGCCCGUAAGACCACCUCGGCCUCCCCGCGAGAAGAGCUCCAGGCAGUCGUCGAAGAAGAUGAAGAGCUAUUCCUCCGGCAAUCAGGAAAGAAUGGACCAGCUUGCCUGCCCGAUACAUCAGGUGCAGAAUUCGCAGACACCGUGAAAUCAAAGAUCGAACCUUCAGACACAGUGGUGCAGACGACAAACUACUCCGCGUUUCAGGGAACUUCGCUUCUCCUCAUUCUACGAGCACGGCUAGUCACGGAAGUUUACAUCUGUGGCUGCAUCACAAACGUAAACGUGCUGGCCACAGUCAUUGAUGCAGCUCGCCAUGGCAUCAAGAUCAACGUCGUGGGAGACUGCCUUGGCUUCCGCAAGCAGUCUCGCCAUAAGAUUGCUCUGAAAAGAAUGAUCGAAUUUUUCGAUGCCAACAUUGUCACAAGCCAAGACGUUAUCGAACGGAAUAUGCCGGGAGCUACGCUGUCAUCCACCCCGCAGAAGGAUUCGAAGGAUGAGCAGGAGCUGGAAGACAUGGCUAAGAGUUUGCGGGUGUCGGACCCGCGGCCCACGGACCAACCCAAUGCGACACAAAUCCCGCGUGGAACAACCCCCACCAUAGCCGUUGAAGACUCUAGAGACGAACGUGAGCGAACCUCAUUAGCCAACGGCCGGACGCGAAAGCCGUCCGAUACCACCUCUUUAGCCGAAAGUCGCGCCACGUCCGACACGAAACUAAGUGAUGAACAGUUCACGGAGCGAUUGAUGCAAGGCGCAAAGGUACCGAAGCCUGAAAGACAGUCUGAGAAGCAAAGCCUGGUCAAGUCCAAGAUUCGAAUGAGGCCACGAACCUCCAAGGAAAAAGACAAGCACAAUCACAAAAAAUCAGAAGGGAAGAAAACCAGGGACGAUUCGAGCAAGAGUAGCGAGAAAAGUGACACAAAAACUGAAGCCAGCUCGCCACACGCUGCCGAAUCGGAACCGGAUAAACAUGCCAAGAAACCCCAGACAGCCCCAUCAGUAAACGAGUCACGCCCUGCGGCCAUCGCAAAGGCGGAGAGCAGUGACAAGUUGCGCGACAACCUUUCGCGAAGCGAUCGUUCGCUCAAACCAUCUGCCUCCCAACCUGCUCUGUCUUCUGCUAACCCUGACAAAGACAUCGCAUCUCGUGUUAGAAUGGCUCUGACCAGGGCGCCCAAGUCAGACUCGCAUGAGGAGCCCCCUGCCCAACUAAGGGCGUCUCCUACCAAAGGUGCACCCGCUGUGGCGCCGUCCCCAACGCCAAGUGAAAUGACCACACCUAGAGCCAGCAAACUUCAGUCUCUUGCAACCUUUCCUGUACUUGGUCCAGAUGACCGCAUUGCUGAAGGCGAUUCCCGCAUAGUCUACGACUUCUUCCCGCAGAAGCUUUACCAUCCCUCUGAUCGCUCAAAACCUUUGCGAGAAUUGAUCUUCACUCAAGUCUACAAUGAGGUGCGGUGGCAGAAGAUGCUCCACCAGCAGGGUGAAGUACCGCGUUUGUUGUGCGCUCAAGGUGAAUUCAGCGCAGAUGGCUCCAUGCCUAUCUACCGACACCCAGCCGAUCAAACAUUGCCUUUACUGCAUUUUUCGCCCAAGGUGCAGUUGAUUCGGAAGCGGGCUGAAAAACUAGUUGGGCACCCACUCAACCAUGUUCUCAUACAGCUUUAUCGCUCGGGCACGGACUACAUUUCCGAACAUUCGGAUAAAACUCUUGAUAUUGCUAGAGGAUCGUCAAUAGUCAAUGUAAGCUUCGGUGCACAAAGGACUAUGCGUCUUCGCGCAAAGAAAUCUGAGAAAGCGGACGACUCCCAACGCGAAACCCAACGCGUUGCCAUGCCACACAACUCCAUGUUCGUAUUCGGUCUCAAGUCUAAUGCAAAAUGGUUACAUGGGAUCAUGGCCGACAAACGUAUAGCCUCCGAACGCAGCGAGGCCGAGAACGCUUACGAGGGUAUGCGAAUCUCCCUAACUUUCCGGCACAUAGCCACCUACUUAGACGCAAAAUGCCGCACAAUUUGGGGCCAAGGGGCCACCAUGAAGGACCAGCGCGAUGCAGGUGACGUGAUCAACGACGAUGAAGAAGAGAACGAAAGUCUUGUCCGCGCUUUCAGUCGCGAAAACCACGCUCCAGACUUUGAUUGGGAUCACUGGUACGGCGAUGGCUUCGACGUCCUGCACUUUAAGGGCUCGCCCAAGGACCUACCCAUCCUAUUUGCAUCCAACAACCAAGUGGACGUUGACAUGGUUAGAGUCUAUCUUGCAGAACGAAACAUCGAGUACUCGCUCAUCGAGGCUCCCAAACUAGAAAAGGGUUGCGAGGUAGACCGACAGGUUGGCUUCCGCGACACGGACACCCUUCGCACCGAGGUUUCCAUGCCCGUCUUGAUCAUCGCUUAUCUCGAGCGGUACCGGCCCCUUGAUAGCGAUGACAGAACACGCCCUUGUACGGUCAACAGCUUCGAUAUCCAAAUUAUGAUCACAGGCCUCCUCAAGCACUGGUACAACCGCCAUGUGUCCACAUACCCUCAUAGUUUCGUCGACACAUUAGAAGUACUGGAAGAACGCUUUGCAUUUACUCCAGGGGCGUUCAUCGCUGGGCGACGGUUUGCUCAUGCGGAUUGCAUUGCGUGGGUUGCAUUGGAUGAGCUUAUCAGGAAUUGGGACGGAUGGUCAGAGGAAGACUUCCCGAACCUGACGGAGUAUUAUCGGAUGCUUUGGAAGAAGAAGAAGAGUGUACAGCUGGUCCGGGCGGAAUUGCCUAGUAUCAAGAAACUCAAAGCCACCAAGGGGAAGGAGAGAGUUGAGGAAUAA